AUGAUUGAAUUACAGACAAUUAUGUAUGGCCUGAGCUGUUGGGACUGUAAUUCCUUGAUUAACAACGGGUGUAACGACCCGUUCAAAGAGGAUGACUUCGCGAUGGCGGACUGUACCCAGAAAUUCCUACCACGCUACCCCAACCAGCCGGGUACUAUUUGCCGCAAAAUUGUUCAAAAAGUGAACGACGAGUACCGGACGAUCCGCGGGUGCGGCUAUUUGGACGACGCGGGCAAAGAGAUUAAGCCCAACGAGCACUUAGCCAACGAGUGUGUCAAAAGGGCCGGUACUUUCUCGGUGUUGAUCCAGUACUGCUCCUGUAAUGGCAAAGAUGGCUGCAAUCACUCCCAUCAUCUCAUUGUCAGCUCUAUUACUCUAAUUAUUCCCUUUAUUUUCUCACUCUAUUAUAUCAUCUUAUAAAUUGUGUUUAGUUUUAGAUUUAUUAUUAUUUACACCUAAUUUGCAUUCCGUUUGUUUUUCUCUCGUUUUUUACAUUUGUUUAUCACUUCUUAUAUCUCUUUUACUAGUAUUCACUCAUUCUAUACUCACUCAGCAUAAUUCCCAACCAAAUGAUGUCAUUAUGUGUUUAAUUUAAUACCAAACCAUUUAAUGGUAUAAUAAGAGCACAUAAUGUGAUAAUUCAUACAAAUAAUUUUAACUCAUUGAUUGCUCACUCAUUGCUUUGGUUUUUAUAUUUUUGUUGAUUUAUUUGUUUUUUAUUUGAGUU